AUGGAGGAAAAGAGAGGCUACAAUGCUCACGUCGUGGUUCUUCCCUUUCCUGCACAAGGCCAUAUAAAUCCACUGCUCCAAUUUUCUAAACGUUUAGACUCGAAAGGGAUCAAAAUCACUGUAUCCACUACACUUUCUAGCGUCAAGUCCAUGCAAUCUCGAGCUGGGUCAAUUACACUAGAAUCAAUAUAUGAUGACAACACUGAAGGAGCGCUUGCAAGACCAGCAGCGUUGAUGGGGUUCCUCGAGAAGUUUGAAGUUGUUGGAGCACAUUGCUUAGGAGAACUCUUCAAGAAGCUAGAAAAUUCUGAGUAUCCUGUGAAGGGAUUGGUUUAUGAUGCUAAUUUACCAUGGGCUCUGAACAUAGCUCAGCAACUCGGUGUUGCUAGUGUUGCAUUUUUCACUCAAUCAUGUGCUGCAAUUGCUUGCUACUACCCCAUGUACGUAGAGAUGUGUGGCAAACCACUAUCGGUUCCUGCCUUUUCAAUGCCUGGAUUGCGACAACCUGCACUUCCAAACCCUGCAUCCUUUGGUUCAGAGACAGAACGCUUUCCCCCCUUAAUCAAACACAUAUUAAACCAAUUCAGCAACAUUGAGAAGGCUGAUUGGAUCCUGUUUAACUCAUUCUAUAAGUUGGAAGAGGAGAUUAUUGCUAUCACUUUUGUGGAUUGGCAUGAUACAAAGUUCAACAAAGACCCAAACAUAGUUCUAAAGUGGAUAACGAAUCUCUACCCUACAGUUAGAACUAUCGGACCAACUCUACCAUCUGUUUAUCUCGACAAGAGGCUGGAAGAUGACAAAUGUUACGGUUUCAAUCUCUAUAAGCCAAUCAGCGAGACAUACAUGCAAUGGCUAAACUCAAAGGAACCUGCUUCAGUGGUGUAUGUCUCAUUUGGAAGUACUGCAGCUUUGAAUGCUCCACAAAUGAUAGAAAUGGCACAUGCCCUAAGGCAAACCAGCAGCAACUUCUUGUGGGUAGUGAAGGAAACCGAAGAGAGUAGUCUCCCCAACAAAUUUGUGGAGGACACGUCAGGGAAAGGAUUGGUUGUGGCAUGGUGCUCGCAGCUAGAGGUGCUGGCCCAUCAAGCUAUCGGAUGCUUUAUAACACAUUGCGGAUGGAACUCGACUAUGGAAGGAGUAAGCUUAGGAGUGCCGAUGGUGGGAAUGCCACAGUUUCUAGACCAAAUGGCGAAUGCAUAUUUGUUGGAGAAAGUUUGGGAAGUGGGAGUUCAGCCAAAAGUAGAUGAAAAGGGUCUUGCUAGUGGGGAAGAAAUCGAGAGCUGCAUCAACCAAGUUAUGCAGGUUGGAGGAAGAAGGAAGGAGUUUAAGAAGAAAGCCAUGCAGUGGAAACAGUUUGCAAUGGAGGCAAUGAAUGAGGGUGGAAGUUCAGAUAAGUGUAUAGAUGAGAUUAUUGGUCGACUAGUUUGCAGCUGA